CUCGAGACACAUACUUCUCUCGUAUUGUUUGGUCUCUGAUCAAGGAAACACAACAUGGCAGCAGUAAUUGAUCGAUCAUCGAGCUCUAAGCCUUCGUCCGAGGCGUAUCAACGAGCUUCUGGUUCCGCCGACUUCAUCAGGUCUAAACUACCAUCUCACCUACAGAAGCCUCGUGUAGCCAUCGUCUGCGGCUCUGGUCUCGGAGGCAUUGCAGACACCGUCACUGCUGAUACAAAGUUGGAGAUUGACUACCAUGACAUACCAAACUUCCCAAAGACUACCGUACAAGGACAUGCGGGCAAGCUCGUAGUCGGCACCAUGGGCGACACCAAGGUCCCAGUCGUCUUGUUAGUUGGCAGAGCACACUUCUACGAAGGCCACACCAUGGAGCUCGUGACUUUCGCCACGAGAGUCUGCAAGGUACUCGGUAUUGAGACCAUGAUAGCUGGUGGACUCAACCCAGAAUACAGCGUCGGCGACAUUGUCUGCCUCAACGACCAUCUGAACAUGGCUGGCUUGGUUGGCUUUCACCCUCUUCGUGGACCCAACGCCGAUGACUUUGGUGUUCGCUUCCCUCCUCUAUCUGAUGCCUACGACCUUGGUCUGCGUCAAAAAGCACACCAGACUUGGCAAAAGGUUCGCCCAAAGGACGGUACGCGCAAGUUGCAUGAAGGUGUAUAUGCUUUCGUUGCUGGCCCGACGUACGAGACCAGAGCAGAGUGCCGCAUGUUGCAUCAGCUAGGCGCAGACGUGGUCGGUAUGUCGACGGUGCCUGAGAUCAUUGUUGCCAGACAUAGUGGCAUCAGAAUCCUCGCUUUCAGUCUGGUGACCAAUAAAGCUGUGCUGCAAUCUGUCCCUCGUGGUGAUGAUGCAGCAUUGAGCUCGAUGUCACCACAAGAACUUAUUGACCACUUAGGCCAGGGCAAAGCCAACCACGAGGAAGUGAUUGAGGCUGGAAGGGAAGCCGCAAAGGACAUGCAGACACUGGUGUACAGCAUUGUGUCGGACAUGUAGCGACAGAGUCAUCAUCUCUUCUUGGGGUCGAAGGAGCGUCUGGAUGUCGCUGUACUUCUUCUUGAAGCGGCCGGUGUCCUUCUCGCGGGACAAGACUUCGUCGACAAAGGUCU